GUUACGUAAGUGAGGCGUGACGUCACUCCCUCCGUCUUUCCCACGUUCGCCUUUCUGAGCUCAGGCUGAGGCGCUGCUGGCUCACCGACACGAAGACUGACACGUGUCGAGGUGAAUGGGCACUGGAUAACGUGAUUAUGGCACAAUGGCAGAAGACGUUCUCCAAAACUCGCCGCUGUCCUUAAAACUGGCUGCCCUGCGCGUGUUGGACCUGCCUCUGUCCGUCUUUUCCUCUCUUCCACGGGUAAGCCUCAGCGCCGGCACCAAGAAGCUGGUGGCCGCCACAGCCUUCGGCGCCGUCUCGCUCGCCCUCCUCGCCCGACACUUCAGGAGGAGGAAAGGGAGGAAGAGAAGCCAGUCGCCGCGGGAACAGGAGGCGUUCGAUUUCCUCUCAGGGCUUCCCCAACCGAAAGAUGUUGCUGGCAGCCGCCAGAACCUAAGUUUGUCUCUGACCUCGAAGAACGGCUUCUCCUGCCAUGUGGUGCCUAAUGGCAGCUUGUACAGCAAGCUCUCCGGCUCCCUGCAGAGUUUGGCCUCGGUGAAGAGCAUGAACUCUUGCAGCAGCUGCACGUGUCCUAAUGGCUCCAGCUGCUGGGACAGAGCAGACGAAAGCGAGCUCCGUAACGUCAUCCCCGUCACCACCCCCGAAAACCUCUACCUGAUGGGUAUGGAGCUGUUUGAAGAGGCUCUACGGCGCUGGGAGCAGGCCCUAACGUUCCGCAGCCGGCUAGCCGAGGACGAGGCCAGCUGUGCCUCGGUGAAGCUGGGGGCUGGAGACGCCAUCGCGGAGGAAAGUGUGGAGGACAUAAUCAGUGCAGAAUUCAUCCACAAGCUGGAGUCCCUGCUGCAGAGGGCCUAUCGCCUCCAGGAGGAGUUUGAGGGAGCGCUGAGCGUGUCCGACCACUCUUCACAUGCCGGUAACGAUAAACACACAGACGUCUCGGCGAGGGAGGAUUUAGACGACUCGUGUUUGAGGGACUCUGUUAGCAUCGCCUCCACCGACUCCUUUGUGUCUGCUGCCGAGCUGUCUGAACACAGGGAGAUGAGGAGUGCCUUUGGCCUCGGCUCGCUCUGCCAUUACCCCUUCUACGAAGAGGCCCUGCAGAUGGCCGAGGAUGGCAAGAUCUCCUGUAGAGUCCUCCGAACGGAGAUGCUGGAAUGUCUUGGGGACACGGAUUUCCUCGCAAAGCUGCACUGCAUACGCCAGGCCUGCCAGGUCAUUCUGCGCGAAAAAGCAACUAGAAUGUUUCUGGCUGAUACAGGAAAGAAGAUCUUGUCCUCAAUAAUUGUCAAAGCCAGGAAGAGCCCUAAAAGGUUUGAGGAGGUUUUCGAGGACAUGAUUUGCUUCCUGGAGCAGACGGAUCAUUGGGAGAACACGGAGGCGGAACUGGCCACGAGAGGGGUGAAGCAUUUAAACUUCUAUGACAUCGUGCUGGACUUUAUCCUGAUGGAUUCCUUUGAGGAUCUGGAGAAUCCCCCCAUUUCCAUCCAGAAUGUCGUUAAUAACCGCUGGCUCAACAGCUCCUUCAAAGAGACUGCUGUUGCAUCAAGCUGCUGGUCUGUUCUGAAGCAGAAGAGACAACAUAUGAAGGUGCAGGAUGGUUUCAUCGCUCAUUUCUACGCAGUGUGUGAACACAUAAGCCCUGUGUUGGCGUGGGGCUUCCUCGGCCCUAAAAGCUCCCUGCACGAUUUCUGCUGUUUCUUUAAGGACCAGGUGCUGUUCUUCCUGAAGGACAUCUUCGACCUGGAAAAGGUGCGUUACUCCAGUGUGGAAACCCUGGCCGAGGAUAUUCUCCACCUGCUGCACCGGCGCUCCGAGCUGCUGCUGGCCUACCUGGGUGCAGAUUCCCUCCGCCACAUCAGCGGCUGCGUCGGAACACCGCUGCACCUGGUGCCCAGCGCCCUGCUGGAGACCCGGGUCCAGUGAGCCGCCCAUCUGUGCACACUUGCGCUGAUCCGCCUUCAGUCUUGCUUGUGACAGAGUUGUAUUGGUCCUUCAUGCAGAUUCCCUCACUUGUGUCCGUCCAUGUAAAGUUCACAGAGGGGUUCCGCUGUACUGAGCAAGAAGGUCCUUGUAUUCUGGGCGUCGUUUUUUUUGAGUGUUGAAGUAAACGAUAGAGGUUUGAUGUAACAGAGCAAUAGGUGGGAUGAUUAUGCUCUAUUUGACUGAACAGUUGACACUUAAAAUGUACAUGAAUUAUUUAUUCAUUGUGACUGUUUUAAGUUAAUGUUUGCCAUGCUAAUGUUGGCACCAUAAAUGGUCUCAGAAAUGCUACAGAAUGACUGAGAAUUGAAUUUGAUACUGAAACGAGAAUCUUGACAAAGGACCCUACUUUUGGCUGCAACUGUCAAAGGUUAUUUUUUUAAUUUCUCUUGAAUGACACAUUUUUGGUGGUCCCAGAUCUCUAUUUUUUAAACAUCAGCAUUAAAAUUGUGGAAAAUCAAAUAGCUAAACAUGAUGGAAGGUCGCUAUCGCUGUCGUAUCUCCUAAAACUGCACAAGAGAAGGAAAAAAAACCCUCUUAUCAUUAAAUGGGGGUUAAUAAAACCAGAAUUUUUCCAUGUAAUUUUGUAACAUUUCUGUUCAUUCAUUGGGGAGUGUUAUUUUCAAACUACGUCAAAAUUGAAAAAUGGACAAUGAAGAUUUUGUCCCGACAGCCCCGCUAUGCAUUUGAGCCCUUUCUUGCUUGAAAACAUUGAUUGUUGAAUUCCGAAUUGAAUUUUCACAUAUUAACCUUUUCGUCUACCAAUCGAAAGCUAUUAAAGAAAGAAAUUUAACCACGAAUGAACCAGAAGAUGCAGUGCAUCGUCUCCCUUACUGCGGAUUCUAAUGUUGUAUAGCAGUGGAACUCAUCCAUUUGUUACCCAUGGACAUUAGCAUCCAGCUAGCAUUAUUGCAAGUUUGAACAGGACUGUCGUUAAUGUCCCGUAUUGGUCAUUUGGUUGCUGUAUGAGUCUGUUGGCGUGUGUGUGGUGGCCAAAUGUCCAAGUAACUGGGACUGUAUUGUCUUUCAAUUGAGAAUUUUUGAACUGUCCAGUUAAGCUAUGUACACAACAGGGCUGCUUAGCUGCCUGUCUGAGUGUUAGCUUCAUGCUAAAACUGAAUAUGAAUAUUUGUACUGUCAAAUGAUCAAAAAACAGUUUUCUGUAUGACUGUAAAAGUCUUCAACGGUUGUGUCAUAAUGUGAGCUGCCACAAUGUAUGAAAACAUGAGCAAAUAAAAGGCUUGUG